AUCGAUCAUUUCUCGCCCACCCACCCACUCCAUCCCAACUAACGAACCCAAUGGCGAAAAAGCGCAGAAAUCUAACGUCCGCGCAACCUAAAUUCCCUAGGGGGAUCGAUCCUGACGACGCAAAGAUCGGUCCGAUUGGUACGUUCCAUGUCUUUCACUUGUAGAGCAGAGGGGAAAAUGCUAAUGGGCGGACAGAAACAUGGGAGGACAUCGCGGACGAGGAGGAUGCCUUCCAUAUAUCCAGGGAUAAGGUGCUCCUGGAGGAUGAUUCUUUUGAUGGUUCGUUUUUUUUUCUUCUAUCCCUCGAAUUGUGAGUGAGCUCUAAUAUUGGUGUAGAAGAUGGGCCUAGCGAUGAGGAGGUCCUUGGAUUGGAGUAUUCCGAUUCGGAGGCUCUCGAUCAGGAUGAGGAUAUGAGCGACGAGGAUAGUGACGACGAGAAGGGUGAAGAGGACGAGGAACUACGAGAAGGCUGGGGAAGCUCUAAAAAAGACUACUACAACGACCCUAGCGCUCCCGAAGAAGCUGAGGAAUCCGAGGCGUUAAGAUUGCAAUCUAAGCACCUAUUGUCGCUCUCUACUAAUGACUUUUUGUUCAACGCUGCUGAAUGGACUACCGCCGAUCCCCCUUCCCCCACAACUUCCACGACACCGACAAAAGUAAUUGAACAACUCCCCUCCGUCCCUCUAUCCUCCCUGUCCGAAGAAGAGAGGACAAAACGCCUCCACCUCCUUCACCCUGAAUUCCCGCUCCUCGCAAAGGAGUUCGCGGAGUUGGAGCCACUGCAUGCGUCGUUAGCACUUUCGGCCGCGGCGGCAGAGGCAGUUGGUGAGACGGCCAAGAGUUCUGUGGCUAUUGCCAAGUUUAGGGCGCUAAGUGCUUAUUUGGGGGUUUUGAGUAUGUAUUUUGCUGUUCUUACGGCUGGGGAUGAAGUCGCGCAGGGGGGGGUCGGGGGCGUGCAGGAUCAUGGGGUUAUGGAGGGACUUGUGAAGUGUAGGGGGAUGUGGGAGGCUGUUAAGGGGCUGGAGGUCGAGGAGAUUAGUAGUCGGGAGGGGCGGGAUGAAAAGAAGAAGAGGAAGAAGAAGAAGAAGGGGAAUGAGUUGGAUGGAAAGCCGGCGGGCGUGAAGGAAGGGAAGGGAGAGCCGGAGAAGAAGAAGGUUAAAGUUUCUACCACCAUUACCACAGCGCCGAAGGUGCCAUCAAAGAAAUCGAAACCAAAACCCAAGCCCACAGAGCCCGAGUCAGACUUGUCCGACUCGGACGUCGAAAUCGACUUUUCCAAACCGGCACCCACCGCACGCCCGCCCCCCCCUGCCAAUUCCACCUCUGCUUCAACAUCGCAUUUCGGCGAUCCCACCCAUCUCUCACACCCUGACGCCCUCUCCAAAUCUGCCAAAAAGCGCACCCUCCGCUUCUACACUUCACAGAUCGUAUCGAAAUCUGCCGCGCGCGCAUCCGCCGCCCAGUCACACUCGGGAGACAUGGACCUCCCUCACAAGGAGCGUGCGAAGGAGCGCGCGAUCCGGUUGCAAGCCGAGACCGCACGAAAGCGUGGCGCAGCGGACCCGACUGUUGAUCUGGGUUACUCUAGCGGCGGUGAAGACACUGACCCUGCCGACAGACGGGGGAGGAACGAGAGUGAGGAGGAGGAUGAGUACAUGCGCCUCCUCAAAACCUCGGGCAAGGAAAAGAAGGUUGCAAAAAAGGCGGCACACGACCAAGCCCGGGACGCGCUCCGUUCCGGCGCCCGAGCGGGCAUCGAAGGUGGGGAAGCGGGAGGAAAGAGAGCGAUUGGGUACACAAUUUCGAAGAAUAAGGGGUUAACACCCUUCCGCAAGAAGGAGGUUCGCAACCCCAGGGUCAAGAAGAAGUUGAAGUACGAGGCGGCCAAGAAGAAGCUGGGUAGUGUGCGCGCUGUGUACAAAGGCGGGUUGAAGGGGACGUAUGCCGGAGAGGCGACGGGGAUCAAAAGGGGAUUGGUUAGGAGUGUCAAGCUUAGUUAG